UUGCUAGGGCACUUGUGAACAGGAAGCCCCGCCCGCCGAGCUGUUGUUGUGACGGUGACAGGCCCGGCCCGACCUGGCACCAACCCCCCCGGCCGGACGUCCGGGCACCGACCCCCGCUGGCUCCGCUUCGCCCCGCACCAUGAAGUGGAUGUUCAAGGAGGAUCAUGCGCUGGAGCACAGAUGUGUAGAGUCUGCAAAAAUCCGAGCCAAAUACCCAGACCGUGUGCCGAGUUUCUUUCUCCAUGCUCACAUUGACAAGAUUUACAAGUGCUCAUAUACAAAUGCUAGAAGUCUGAAUACUAAGGUCAUUGUGGAAAAGGUCUCAGGCUCUCAGAUUGUUGACAUUGAUAAGAGGAAGUAUCUGGUUCCGUCUGACAUCACUGUGGCCCAAUUCAUGUGGAUCAUCAGGAAGAGGAUUCAACUGCCAUCUGAGAAAGCGAUAUUCCUCUUUGUAGACAAGACUGUCCCACAGUCCAGCCUAACUAUGGGACAGCUUUAUGAGAAGGAGAAGGAUGAGGAUGGAUUCUUAUAUGUGGCCUACAGUGGAGAAAACACAUUUGGCUUCUGAAUGCUGGGGUCUGGCUGCUGCAUCAUCCCGCUAUGUAUCUUGUAAAUAGCCAAUUGUUUUCAGUUAUGACACCCACAGAGGUUUCUCCCAUACACAUCAUGCAUUUGUAACUGGAUUAAUUUCCUAAUAUAUUGAUAGGUCUUGUUUUAUUAGACUGGUAAAUUAUCAGAGUUUUUGGGGUUUUUUUCCUUUAUUGUGUAUUGUUCUCAUGGCUAUAAGUUCCCAGAGCCUCACCCCUCUGGAACACAUAUUUAAUGACAUUGUUUAUAUAUUGACGCAAAGUAGUUGGGCUACUAAAACAUGAAAAAGAGGAACAUGCAUUUAUUCUGGAUUUAGUUUGAGGUGUUAGCUUGACAAGAAUUAAAAUAUUAAUUAUUCUUAGGAACACUGGCUUCACUAGGUUAUUCUGAGCAGUAGCAAGAUGCUUAUCAUAUUGAACUAAGUUAAUGUUCCUCUUUCUGAAUUCUAUUAAGGAAUAACUACAAUAAAAAUUCCUCCCACACA